AGACGACGCUGUGGCAGGUGCAGUGAUGUCAAAUCUGACGACGAAAAUGUGGAAAGGUGGAAGCUUUGAUAGCCUCCCAACAACAUAAACCCAUCAUGCCCGUCGGAAACAGCGAUCAAAACGCAGGCGUUACGGGCGGCGCCAAGUUCGUCACCUCGGCCCUCGGUAACACCGUUGGCGGCGUGACCCGCACCGUCGGCAACGUCACCGGCGCCGCGACCCAGGGCGUCGGCGACACCAUCUCCAGCGCGACCGGCUCUGCUGGCCGUCCUGUCGGCGAUGGAAUCGCCAAUCUUGGACAGGGUCUGUCGGGCGCGUUGAACUCUGUGGGCAAGGGGGCUGAGGAUGCUGGGCAGUGGAAGAGAUCGUAGGGAGUAUGCACCACCGUACGGCUGGAAUGUGUAUAUGGAAUGGGAGAAUGAUCAAGGAUGAUUACUUGGGAGGUUCUUUUGCUUGUGUUAUUAGGGGCGUUUAUGUCAUGGAAUCAACAUGAUGGAUAUGAAAUAUAAUGAUAUCCUCCGACAUACCCACGCCUUC